UGCCCAAGAAGAACUUCACAACUUUCGUGAGCUUCAACCCCCAGAAAACAUGUGCUUCAUGGCGAGUUCCAGCUUGAUCGAGGGCUUAAAAACAAACAAAGAGCCAGGCAGCUCGCUUGCUAGGCAAGCAAGCAAUGCGCUCGCGCGCAGGUCUAAGAUCAUAGCCAAGGUAGCGGGCAACUAACAUCACAGCAACUGAGACCGCGUUUUUGGCGUGGAUUCCGCGUGUGUCACCAGGGCCCCGUCCUUUGACCUGCAAGCGUGCCAUGUAUGCAAACCCAGCCUUGAGGCAAACAACUUCGUCCACUUUGCUCUGGCUGACUUUGCAAAAGGCCGAAGUGUAACUUGGACGUGCCAUCCCAUGCACCGGCUGAAAAUAGAGGUAGGCCAAGCAGGUGGGUAGAAAGCCCCUCGCCCCAGCCUUGUAAGCCGUCCGUUGGUUGGCGGCAACCGGUGCGUGGCAAAAGGCGUCUCGCAUGAGGGUUGGCUGGAUGCGGUGAAUCCCCGACUUCCUUCAUUGGCUGAAGGGCCAGACAUGGUGACGGCUUUGACCAUCGUCAGCAGCGGCUUCAAAACUCAUUGCCGCUGGUUGCUUCACGCUGGGCCCCAACUCCACGGUUUCGGCGCCGCAUCAUCUCACAAGGAUCUGGCAAACUAAGCUCCUGAUACAAGGGUCCCGUGACUGGUGUGCAUACAGCGCGCUGGUCCAAACCUGGACAUCAUAGGCAGAGCUUUUCCGGAGACGAGGCGGAGAACUUGUGCAUGCCGCUACAACCAUCAAGGUGUUCCUGUCACGGCGCCCUGUGCCACUUGUGGAGGUCGCUGGGUGGAGUUCGCCGGCCUCAGCAUUUUCCUCUUUUGCAUAUCCACAGGUGGUCUUGCACCGCCUGGCACGUGGUGAAAGCUGAGCCUGCACCCGGUACAAGAAUGAAACCUCCAUUGGGCGCUCGACCCAGGCCAGCGCUUGAGUUACUGAGUUGCGCAUCAUUGGCCAAGCGUCUCACGUUGAAACACACUGAAGGCUCAUGCAACGCAGUUGAGGUAACUGUACCGCAACCUCUGCACACUCACGAACUCUUGCACCGUCAAGCCGACAAAACACUCUCGCCUGAUGAAUGCAUGGUGUCUCUCUUUAAGGCGACUGAUGAUGUGGGGUAUUGCUUCGGCAAAGGCGUUGCUGACAUGGCAAUCUGGGGGAUGUAUACUUCACCAACCUCUUGAAACAAGGGAUCCCUAAGGCCCUAAGGAAACUUCAUAGCUGAAACGGUCACAAACCAAGGCCCACAAGGCAAGGUCACCAUUUGACUUGAGAAGCAUGCGUUGUUAGCCUGGGCGCCGGGCGCCUGGUGUCCAUGACACUUAAUCAGCACCCAAAUCACCAGGCUGAACCCAGCGCUCAAUUUGAAGCCUCACACGGAGGUUCGAUCUGAUCAGCCGAGCUAGUCACAGCCCAGGCAACAUGACAUCCGCAUGCGAGACGGUAGGCUGAUCUCCUUUGGGGGCGCUAUCACACGCAAGGCGCUCUUUUGCACGUCUGUGCAGCUUGUAGGGCUGAUCGAAGCCUGGCUGCCUGCCGGCUGCAGAACCCCUGGCAACAUGGUCUGUCGUCGGCUGCUUCAAUCAGUUGGGCUUCACAACCAGCUGCUCGCAACGUGGCGGGCAAUCCAAGCUCGCUCCAAGUCAAAUGGCGGUCAACCUAGCCAGGAGCAUGACAUCACGUGCGCAGCAAGUUGGAAGGAUUCAGCAUUAAGCUGGAGUGAAAUCAAUUUCCCUUUUCCGCAGUCGACCUUCUGCAACUGUCACCAUGUCACUCGACCAAUCCAGAGGCAGUCCAGGGCUCUGGCACCCAAUUUCCCCAUCCCGCGCCCCAGAAGCUUGGGCGGCUGUCUGACCUUCUCCGCUCAGAAAAGCCAAAGCGCUUCUGCCCACGUGCGGCCAGCGAAGCAUCGGUCUCUGCGACCGCGCCCAUGGCAAGCCUUCGUGGUGCCGUGGCUUCACCGCAGCUCAAGGGGCCCUUUGACAGCUCAACGUACUACAUGGGACGUGCACCCAUUGGCCUGUGCCCGUGUCGCAGGCAAAUCUGAAACCAAGCUGCAGAUCCUGAACUUGAAAAGCCAUGGGCCUUGAGUCACGUGCAAAUCUUUCACCAGUGCCAGGAGGUUGCUCUUCAAUGGAGAGGCAAAGCCAAAGUCUGCCAUGAUUGGCUCAGAAACUCAAAACACCGGAUGCCGGACACAGCGAUCACCCCAACUGCGCCUUGCCUCCUGCCAAGCCAGGCCGGGUAGCAAUUGGUGCGAUUUGGCCAAUAUCAUUGCGUCAGAGGCGCUGAGGGGGACAUUUGGCAGUUGCAGGCGCAAAAGCGGCGGCGCCCAAAGCAGGAUUCGGAAUCCAUCCUCUAUUGGCCACUUUGACCAUUGAUCGAAGAUCCAAGAUGGCUAAUCACCCGCAGGCAUCAAAAGGCGCAUGGCUCGGGACAUGCCAACCUGCUGCGGAAGCUGAGUCGACGCCAUUGGUGGCAUUCAGGCAGCACUUGAGGCAUGGUAGAAUGAGCCGUCGUCACGGCAUGGCCACGUGUCACAACAGUUGGUCAGCUUGGAUCACGCACUUUGGGACCAGCGGGUCGACCCACGGCCUGAAACAGCUUGAAGCAGUGGCUGAAGGAGCGCAGGAUCCGAAAGCGGCGGUUAGAGCGCAUUCCUCAGCAGCCAGAAGAGAUGCUGGAUCCGGAGACUGAGGGGGCAGUUGAAGCCAAUGACAACGAAUCACUUGGACUGCAAGGAUUCCUGGAGCCCAUGGCUUCCGGCGACCUUCCACUGGGAGGGCUGCGACAGACCGACCGUGCCAAGCACACAAGCGGUACGCUGCGUGAGUGCACUAAACAAGCAACACAUGAAGUCAACCGGCGCCGUCAUGGAAAGCGCUGUGGUCAUGGCAAGUGGCGCAGCCAUGGCAUCCGGGGGAUGAAUGCAGGCUGUGAUCAUUGCGAGGUCAUCACUCCGCCAGUCGCGGCUCAGAAAUCUCACCCCGAGUCCUCGCACUCGGGGGUGCGGCGGUUUCACAGUUUCUGCGCUGGCCACGCGGCAUGCAAAUGGAGCGACUGGAUGCUGUUCAAUUGCACGGGGCUCUGGAACGUCCAAGGCCACAUUCGCCCGUCCUAUGCCGAAGGGGAUCCUCAAAUCUUGGGAAGACUUCCCCGUUCAUCCAAUCCUGGGCCAUUGCGAUGGGAGGCAACGAAUGCAUAUUUCCACUUCUAAGUCUUGGCUUCAUUUUCCAACAAGCCCAGAAGUUUGAGCCUCAGCGUAUACAAGAAGCCCUGGGCAAACAUGCCCACGUUUCUCAUCCGGCAAUCCUCUCCCUGUAUUCCAGCACACAGCAAUGCGCAUCUUGUUGGUUGCGGCAUCGCAGAUUUCCUUUCCCCGUCACCGACGCCUUCCUGCCGGCAAAACACAAUGGCAACACUCCGACUCGCACCAUGCACUUUGGCCCCACACACACAUGCCUGUUGUCGGCCGCUCUGCUUUGAUUCGCUAAGGCGCCAAUGCGGCUCAUGGCACCUCAAGCAACGCCUCGGCAUUGGCCAUGUCCCUGCAAGGCUCCAUCACAAAGAAGCUCACCAUUCACUUGGCGUCCAAUUUGCGUGUGGAUUGUGUCAGGCUGAAGCGUAUUUGCAGAUCAUCACUCCGAGGCAAUUGUGUUGAAGCAACCCGCCAAAGGACGCUUCAAAUGACACACAUGGCUGAGGGCCUUUUGCAACAGCAUCAAUGCGACAGCAUGUGCUGCCCGAGCUUAGCUCAACACUGAGCAUCGUUUGGCGCGCUCCCCCCAAUGUGCUGGCUUAGCUUCUCACUUGCACAUGCAAAACAUGUGAGGAUGGCAAGGAGGCUUGCGUCAGUGGGGAGCUUCAUGCAGUUUGGCAUUGGUUGGCUGCUUGUUUCGAAAGGCAAUGCAGGUUGCAAACCUGGCAGGACAGAAGCGAGAGAAGUGAGACCACACAGCGCAAGAGCACAAGCUUCUGCACGUAUCAUCUGGCAUGACCGUGCGUGUCUUUGAGGACUCUGCAGUUGCACACGGCACCUCUGCUUCUCUUUCAAAAGUCCUGGCAUACUAUGAGUGGGGCACUUCACCUAGCGAAACUGGAAGCACAGCUGUGUCUUCAUGCUGCGCUCGGGACACGGGGACUGAUGGCUGAGAUUGCGGCGAGUCAAGUAGCGCUCAUCUCCUGCUGCACCAGCUUGUCUUGUUUGCUGUACGUCAAAGGCCAACAUCUCCGGUCAGCACUGGCGGAGUAAUGCUAGGAAGCCGCUGCCUUUUGUGCAACUCCCAAGCAAAAUCCACUGCCACAUUUCGUUUUGUGGCCUUCUGGCAAUCAAGCUUCCGCAGCUUCGCAUCUCAUUGGGCUUGUUUUUGGAAAGCGCACACGCGCCGCUCAGCACAUCCUGCCAGAAGUCACUGGCUUUCAGGAGUUGCAAUUUCCCUGUGCGCUUCAAUGAUUUGUACUUGAUUUACCACUUUGGGAGGCCCACAGGAUCCUAGCCGGCUUGGCUCGGCGUAUCAUGCCUUGGCCUCUUGCCUUCCCAAGUCUCAAGUCAAGCCGCGUGAAUUCCUCUUUGGCCAAGCGCGCCCUUGUGAUGCCUCAAUGCGACCGCUGACCCCAAGAGCAACUGAAGGCAAAUGUAGCCCUAACAAACUUCUGGUGUCCUGUUCUUGUGUUUGCUUGUUUGCCUGUUUGUCAUGUUUUGCGCCUGCUGUAGCCGUUUUGGCCCCUGGCGCCGCAGCCUCACGCCCUCCCUCGGCCCCCUCGGAGCGAGCUUUCCGCGCGGAGGGGCGGUCAGCGGCGUGUCAUGGGUUCGUGCGUCCGCACUCGGGCGCUCCGUCCCCGCAAAUUCGAGAUGUCGGAGUUGCGAAUUUCGGAAUGAAGAUCGCCGCAUCAGAUCGCAAGCGGCUUGCUGUGAAUGUCAGGGGUUGCCAGCAUCAGUAAGAAGCACCCUUAUGAAGUCUGCAGUGAACAAUCACUCAAGCGUUCGGCCAUGUCUUCUCCGGAGCAAUCCCGAGGUCAGGCGAGCCACUAGGUCACCAAGAAAUCAUUCCUUCCAGCAGGCAUGAGGGAAUGGAGAAACGAGCCCCCAGUUGACCCAAAUCACAGCACCACACGCUUCACCCGGUGCCUCACAGCGCUGCACCUUGGCCAACACCCUGAUUUUUGGUUCAAAGGGCCACCCUACGGGCUUCCAAAUCUAGGAGUGGCCAUCCAUUCCAAGAAUUUGCCAAUCCCCUCUCGCCACAUUGCCUGGCUCAAAGCAUCGAGUCCACUUGCAAACGGCUGGGUGGCUUGGGUCUUCGCAACUCGAGGCCAAGCCCAUGGGACCAGACCUGACUUUUCUCUGGCCUUUGAGCGUAGAGUUGCGUUCCUGUGAAAAGGCCACCCCAAACGCCCGAAGGUCUGGGCAUACAGCGCUUGAGUCGUAUGCUCAAAACGUUUUUGCAGAUUUGAGCACGCCGGACGCUUGUCGGUGCAGAUAGG